UCGGCCCGUCUGACUGGUUGCGUCUCCCGCGUUGUGGGUAAAUGGCGUCAGUGGCGGGAAAGUUGAGCCUCUCGCGCUCCAGGCUUUCGUGGGGAUGUGUAGUGACUUCCACAGGGCUGAGUCUGGGACCGAGCUUCUUGCCCGCCUUGAAGGUAGAAGUUCCUUGAAAGAAAUAGAACCAAAUCUGUUUGCUGAUGAAGAUUCACCUGUUCAUGGUGAUAUUCUUGAAUUUCACGGUCCAGAAGGAACAGGAAAAACAGAAAUGCUCUAUCAUUUAACCGCACGAUGUAUACUUCCAAGGUCAGAAGGUGGAUUGGAAGUAGAAGUCUUAUUUAUUGAUACAGAUUACCACUUUGACAUGCUUCGGCUUGUUACAGUUCUUGAGCAUAGGCUAUCGCAAAGCUCUGAAGAAAUGAUAAAGUGCUGCCUUGGAAGAAUGUUUUUGGUUUAUUGCAGCAGCAGUACCCAGCUCCUGCUCACCCUCUAUUCACUAGAAGCCAUGUUCUGUAGUCACCCCUCUCUCUGUCUUUUGAUUGUGGACAGCCUGUCAGCGUUUUACUGGAUAGACCGAGUCAAUGGAGGAGAAAGUGUGAACUUGCAGGAGUCUACUCUGAAGAAAUGUUCUAAGCUUCUAGAGAAACUUGUCAAUGAAUAUCGCUUGAUCCUCUUAGCAACAACACAAAGCAUAAUGCAGAGAGCUGGAGCGUCUACAGAAGGGCCAGCUGCGUGUAAACUGCCCUCGGAUGCCGACUCGGACUUCAGGCCCUAUCUCUGUAAGGCCUGGCAGCAAAUGGUGAAGCACAGGAUAGUCUUCUCCAAACACCAAGAUAACCAGGAUACUAACGGUACCACCCAGUUCUCCCUAGUUUCACGUCAUUUAACAAGUCACAGUUUAAGAAAACACUUCUUUAUUAUCAGAGAAAGUGGGGUGGAAUUUUGUUGAAUGUCAUAAAAUAGUCUUUUACAAGCUAUAAUACAGGUCUUAAGAAGUCUUUUAUAAGCUAAAGUGAUUUCAUUCUAAAAGUUUUAAAAGUCUGAGGAAAGUAACACCACAAUGUUUCUACACAGAAUGGAUUUUUCUUUCUUUCUUUCUUUUUUUAUUGGCAGUACUGCACAUAAUGGAUUUCUUAAAUUAGUGUUAGUAAAACUACAGGCUGUUCUGUUCCUAAUAUCAAAGUGAUGUUAACAGUUAAAACUUUGAGCCAAGCUUGUUUUAAAACUAAUAUACAUAUUUUAGACUAAAUAAAAUGGACUUUUAUAUAAAACUUGGUGUCACAAGUUUGGAAUUCAGUUAAGCAUUUCUUUAGGAAAGUUCAAAUGUGUUCCUAGUCUCCUUUGCAUCCUCCCUUAGGAGGUGUGUCUAUGGAAGUAUGUCUGCAGAGCUGGGAAUUCCUUAGCCACAAGGCAGAAUUGGUUGUAUAAAUAGCCCAGCUUCCUCAGUCAAUGAGAAGCCACUGAGGUAUUUCUCAGAGCGGCCUUGGUAGUAUGGAUUCCCAGUUUCUUAGAGCAU